AUGGACUCCGCUACUGAAGACAAUAAGAUCGCUCUACGGACUCAGAUUAAAGACAACUUCCGCUACAUCUACCUUACCGAACAAGACCCGACGGUCACUGUUGUCACACACGACAAGCUCUAUUGGGUCAGGAUCCAGGCAAAGAACGCUGACACCUGGCAGUCGAGCCAUGGCUGCAAGACCGAGGAAGCCGCAUUGCAAGACAUGUCCGAGAGUCUGAGUGAUGAGGUUUGGCAGACGGCCAAAUACCGCCAGUCGAAGCAGGCCAUCGACCCGUAUGAUAGAUACCUCAACCUGAUUAGCAAAGGUCAGCAAGCUCUCUUUGUUGCUGCAAGGACUGUCAGUCGAGAUAGUUGGUCUCUCAAAGAUGGCCAGGAUAAUUCGAUAGUCGGACUUUCACCGAGCUUCAUCAUUGUCUCUGAGAUGAAUCUCAAUAGUACCACAAGAUCGAAACUCAAUCUUCCAAAAACAUUGUGGGCCUUACAUUCUAACUAA